GUUUUCUAUUCGUGUUAUUGACCUUUACAGAAGAGAGACAGCUGCUGUAUAUUCAUCAAGGGAUGGCUAACCGGUUCCAGUUUUCAUGGAAACUCUGGCUACUGCUGUCAAUAGUUCUGGACUCUGCCAAAUCUUUAAAAUCCACAAGAUGGCCUAUGUAUCAAAAUAAACCUUUGCUGCUAGCCUGGAAUGCCCCCACCGAGGACUGCAAGCCACGCUAUGGGGUUGAGUUUCAGCUGGAUCCAUUUCACAUUGUGGCUUCACCUAGUGAGUCUUUUGUAAAGCAGAACCUCACCAUUUUCUACAAAGACAGACUAGGUUUUUACCCAUACUAUGAUGAAAACAGUAAUCCCAUCAAUGGAGGCCUGCCUCAGUCCGCCAGCUUGACCCAGCAUCUUGAGAAAUUGCCUACAGACAUUAAAAAAUACAUGCCUGACACAGCAGCACCAGGCCUGGCUGUCAUUGACUGGGAGGAAUGGCGCCCUCUUUGGAUUCGGAAUUGGGACACCAAAGCCAUCUACAAAAAACAGUCAAUACUUAUAGUGUCCCAAAAAAACCCAACCUGGGAUAACAUCACGGUGGCCAAAGUUGCUCAGCAGGAAUUUGAACUAUCAGCCCGAAACUUCAUGCUUGACACCCUGCGGUAUGCCAAAAGCCUUCGCCCAAACCAGCUCUGGGGUUUUUAUCUGUUCCCUGACUGCUACAAUCAUGAUUACCUCCAAAGCAUGGAAAGCUAUACAGGAGGCUGUCCAGACCCGGAGUUGGCACGGAAUGACCAGCUGAAUUGGCUUUGGAAGGAAAGCACAGCUCUCUUCCCUUCAAUAUACAUUGGUUCAAUACUACGCUCAACAACUUAUGUUCGCUAUUUUGUGCGCAACAGGAUAAAAGAGGGAAUGAGAGUCGCAUCACUGGAGAAAUAUCUGGCACAUCCAGUGUAUGUCUAUGCUCGACCAACCUAUGCCAAUGAGCUAACAGAGCUUACUGAGAGUGACCUGGUCUCCACCAUUGGUGAAAGUGUGGCACUUGGUGUUGCUGGUAUUGUACUCUGGGGGGAUUCCAGUUAUGCUCAGAACAGUACCACCUGUAGCACUCUGGCUGAGUAUGUGCAGGGUCCGCUGGGCCGGUAUCUGCUCAACGUUACCCGUGCGGCUGAAGAGUGCAGUAGGAUUGUAUGCAAAUCCCACGGCCGCUGUCUCCGCAAAAACUCUGACUCAGACUCGUACCUGCACCUGAACCCUCAAAGCUACAGUAUAGUCAUGGCAGGGAACAAGCUGACUGUAACGGGGAGCACGGAGUCUAAGGAUGAGAACCGCAUGAAGGAGGACUUCAUGUGCCAGUGUUUUAGUGGGUAUAUGGGGGAGAAGUGUAAGCUCCUGGAUCCCUUUUACAAGAAUGGACACGGACAGAAAUUAGAAGCACUGUGGGGCCUUAUUCUGCUAUUUACACUGGUCACUUUACUAAGUUGAGACCUCAGCCAUCAAAAGCAAUGGCGUUAAAUCUAAU